AUGGUUGAAAGGUUCCACAGGAGUCUCAAGUCUUCUCUACAAGCCAGGUUAGCAGGUUCUGAUUGGUUCUCUCACCUACCUCUAGUUCUCUUGGGUUUGAGAGCAACUCUGAAGGAUGAUACUGGCCUCUCAGUUUCCGAGGCUGUGUAUGGUUCUCCUCUGACCCUACCUGGUGAACUUGUAGACGUCCCUGAACUCCUCCCUGAUUCCUUUCUCAGGAAAGUUGACAGAGCUAUUGAAGGAUUCGCCAUUUCUCCGCCUCAUCAUGUUCGUCCUGUUCCAUCUGCUAAACUACCUACAGCUCUUGUCUCAGCUAAGUACGUGUUUGUUCGUGAAGAUGCAGUUAUUUCAUCCUUGGCUCCACGUUAUCGAGGCCCUUACUUGGUAUUAGACGGACAGGACAAGUACUUCCGCCUCCAGAUCGGUUCUAAACAGGACGUAGUUUCAGUAGAUCGUCUGAAGCCUGUUUUCAGUGAUACUCCGGUGACUCCCUCGGUUCCUCCGCCUCGAGGAAGACCCAGACUGAAUCCAAAAUCUUUUCCUUCAGUUCCUCCGCCUUCCUCUGCCACCAGAUUACCCAAGAAGGUCAGGUUCAAGCUGGUUCCCAAGGUUCUUCCGCCAUCUGUUCCUGUUCGUCGGAACCCUCACAGGUCUUCCAGAGAUAAUAGGAUCUGCUCCGCCGUUCCUUCUAGGGGGGACUACUGUGGCGGCUAUGAAAGUCGUCUUUUCCUUAGAGAACCUCUCGCGGCAGCUAGAGAGAAAAGAGGAGUUUCUGAGGCCACGUAG